AUGGAAAAAAUUAUUACCAAAUCAGUUAUAGUAAAUUCCGGAAUCAUACUCGGUGCUAAUUUGCCGAUAAGCGAUUCUUUUAAACUUGGUCAAAUUUUCAAUGAUAAAGGAUGUCGACUUACGGAUGUUUCUUGUGGAGAUAAAAUGGUUUUUCGUACCAUUAAUCGAUAUGGCAUUGUGGGUAAAUCAAGAUUAAAAUGUACUCAACGUUGUUCAUGUGUAGAUGUUAAUCAUAUAGAAAAAAAUGGUAAAUGCAUUAGUCAAGUGGAUAUACUGGAAGAUGGAAAAUGCAAAAUGGAAUCGUGCAAAGUCAACGAAAUAGUCCUCGAUACAGGUUGCCAUUUAACGGGGCAUAAAUGUGGAGUGAAUAUGGUAUUCAGGACCAUUAGCGAAGAAAGAAAUGACUCAUUAGCACUUUGGUAUUGUGUCCAACGAUGCUCAUGCGAGAGGGAGGAAUUCGUAGCAAAAACAUUUCAUUGUGAAAGGGCUAAAAUUCAAUUAAAAAGCGAUGUGGCUCGAAACGAAUAUUUUCAAUGGUAUUGUGAUGGAGGGUAUUGCAAGCUUGGAAAGAAUAUUUUUGAUCAUGGCUGUCUACUUACGGGUCGCGCAUGUGGAACUAAUAUGAUAUUUGUUAGGCAGAGAAGUGACACCGAGUUUUGCAUUCAGCAAUGCAAAUGUCUAAAUGGCGACUACAUCGAAAACGAUGGGCAAUGUCUCAAAAAGGAAGAGUUAAACGAUAAUGCAGCAAUCGAACAUUCCACCAGCAAAGGCAGUCGAAAACUCAUUGAGGUCGGCCAUAUAUUCGGAGAUUUUGGCUGUUUUUCAACUAAUUCUGCAUGUGGAACCAAUAUGAUAUUUCGUCCAUUCAUACAUUUCUAUAAUAUAACCGAUUCAAUAUCGCACGAAAAGUGUUUGCAACGCUGUUCGUGUAUAAAUGAUAAUUACAUAGAGGAAAAUAAGCAGUGCAUUGAGCGUACUCAAAAUCUGAACUCACUAAAUGAGUUAUGCUUUAUAAAUGCAACCUGCAAAUAUGGCGAUGUUGUAAAGGACAUGGGAUGUCAGUUAAGUGGUCAGAAGUGUGGAGUUAAUAUGUAUUUUAUUUCAUUCUCUGUAAAUUUAUCGCACAAUUCACUAAAUUGCUUGUACGGGAACUGUUCGCUUUCUCAAGAAAUCCUUGAUUAUGGUUGUAAAUUAGACGGACAACCAUGUGGACCGAAUAUGACGUUUCGAUUAGUCGAUAAAGAAAAACUUGGAGAUAAAGAGAUUCUUGGCGUUAAAUGUACUGCGAUUUGUGAAUGUGCCAGUGAAUUUUACGAAUACGGAGGACGAAAUCGUGCUUUUAUUUAUAUAGCUUAUUCAAUGACUAGCUUUCAGUAUUGUCCACAAGUUCAUUACAAACAUGAAGAAGAGAUUUUUGAUGCGGGUUGUCGUUUGACUGGCCAAAAGUGCGCACCAAAUAUGGUAUUCAAGGCUGUCCAAAAUUUUUUCAAUGAUUGCAUACAACGUUGUACUUGUGAAGAAGAAUAUAAUUACAAUGAAGAAGAUGGAGAAUGUUUUAGAGAAUGGUAUUGUGAAGGAGGAUACUGCAAACUUCGAAAGAUGUUUUAUGAUUAUGGUUGUGCACUUACGAACUACAAGUGUGGAAUCAAUAUGAAAUUCGUUAUUUUGCUAGAAGUUGAUGGUGGAAAUUGUAUUCAAGUGUGCAGCUGCAUCAGCUACGAAUACGUUGAAAUGGAUGGUAAGUGUAUGAAAGAGAGCGAAACGUGA